AUGGCCGACGCGGUGGAACGUAAGGCGAGUGCGUCGGGGGAAGGGGUGCCGGAGCUGGCCGUGGUGAAGCUGGGCACGCUGGAGGAACCGCAAUCGCCGAGCAUACGCUCGGACUCGUCGUCCGAGUGUCGGAAGUCUUCGCUGCUGGUGUACGGCGACGGCCACUUCAGCAUCACGCUGAAGCACUACGACAGCAUCGUGGCGGAGGUGAAGUGUCCCGGGUGCGCGGAACCCAUGGACGGCGCCAUCACCAUGUGCUGCACCGGCCACAGCAUCUGCGCGGCCUGUCGCCGUAAGUUUGGCGUGUGCCCGCUGUGCGGCGACCGGUUCAGCGAGCUGCGCAACUACACACUGGAGGCGAUCGUGUCGAAGGUGCAGUUCCCCUGCAAGAACGCGGCCCGGGGCUGCACGGUCCGGUUGCCGCUGCAGCUGCUCCGCUGGCACCGCGAGCGCUGCAGCUACAAGCCGAUCGAGUGCUUCAUGGGCAAGGUGUGGGACGCGUGCGGGUGGCAGGGGUGCGAGCGGGACUGGAUGGAACACUGCCUGGCGGCGCACGCCGAUCGCGUGCACCAGGAGCCGACGGUGGCGCUGCGGUGGGACUAUGGGGACGAGAGCGCGGGGCAGCGGGCCGGCGCACAGCUGGUGGUGGCCUACUACGUCCUCCGGGCGCACGACGAGGCGUUCAAUCUGUACCAGGUGUACGACCCGGACAGCCUGACCGUGCUGUGGACGGUGAUCUGCGCCACCAAGGAGUCCAAGGUGAGCGCCCGGUACGCGUUCGAGCUGGAACUCUACUCACCGGUCGACAGCUGGAAGCUGCUGGUGCAGCGCUUCCCCUGCCACUCCGAGCUCGAUCCGGACUUCCUCAAGGAUGGCCACUGCGUGAAGAUUCCCCUCUCCGAGGCGCUACGAUUUAUGGCGGAAGACAAGGUACUACACUAUCGUGUACGAAUUCUGGAAGUUGGACCAGUUAGGAGCAGCAGUCUGGCCAAGCUGGACGCGCCGGCCUGCUCCAGCCCAUCCUGUGCGCCAGACUACAGCUGUAAGCACAUCGAAAAUGUCAACCUUAAGGGCGUCCCGGAGGGUAACAUCAUCGUACGGAAGCAACCGGUAGCGGACGGGACGGGCGAGUGGUACGGCAGCGUUCAACCACUGUCGAAUGGGCGUCCGGGCGAUGCCAGCAAUGCUUUCGCCGAGGUAGACGACGAUGACGUGUUUCUGCCGUACGUCGAUCAGGGUGCUGCUGCUGCUGGCAGCUCGCCGGUGCGAGCAACCGGGAGUAUGAAACUGGCCUCCUCGGUGCCGGUGCUAGCCCGACCGCUCGUAUCAACACCGCCCGCACAACCCGGCAGCACGGAGGUGGAGCUACAACCCAUACAGCAGCUGGUCCGCGUCAAGAUGGCGGAGCGGGAGGAACCGGUCAGGAUGCACGCGGUCUACACCACGACGAAGCAGCUGACCAGAGCGAACGGACUGGUGGACGGCCGGGCGCCAUCCACCGAAAGCCUAGCGAAACCACCCAAAGGCACGGGCCUCUCCAAGUUCUACAACGUGACGAUGUACAAGGCGGCAAAGUUUUUGGACAAAAAGAGCAUCAAGUGAUGCUGCCGACGGUUGCUUUGGUUCGGCUGCCGACAGCCACGUAGAUCAACCUUGAGCUAGCAUUGCAUUUUGAACACUCUUUUAAGGUCACACAUCGUGUAUAAUUCUAUCGCCGAGCGCAAGCCUCUAUCAACCUACAGCAACAUCUUUCGAAGAGACGGACAACACACGGCGUGUUUUCGGGUUGUGCAAAACAGAAAUUCAACGAGAGCAGGAA